CCGCUCGAGACACUAAAUGGGUUCAACCUGCUUGUUUGUUACAUCAUAAUGAAGAACGGUUUGAUGCAGGAUAUGUUUGUGCGACCACUGGGUGGGGUAGGACCAACCCUGAUGUUGACGGAAUAGAAGAUUCGUUACGGCAAGCUGAAGUUCCGAUAAUUGAUCAUUCCACCUGUCAAUCAAACUAUUGGUCGGAUUACAAUAUUCACGCUUCGAUGGUUUGUGCGGGAGCUGCGGGUUCCAAUUCAUGCAAGGGUGAUUCUGGAGGGCCACUUGUUUGUUUGAAGAAUAAUUCGUAUUAUUUGGUUGGAAUUACAAGUUGGGGCGACGUGAAAUGUAAACGUGACAUCCCAGGCGUUUACACGCGACUACAAAGCUAUUCAAGAUGGUUGGGCAACAUAAUGAAUCAAGACCAAUGUUAAAACAUCAAAUAUUUCAACAAAUUAUUAUUUAUUUUCAAAUUAUAUCAAAACCUCAUGUGACGCUCGAAUAAUUAUGUGAUGUCAUUAUUGAAUUUGAUUGUUAUCAUAACUGUAUUGUAGUGAUUGUGACGUCACUAUCCGUUGAUGAAUUAGGAUUAUGACGUCAUACGAGUGUUGAUAAAUGCCACGUGACUUAGAUUUUCUGAGUUGGUUUAAGUUCAGGGGUGUAGCGUUAUUAUGUAUAGGCCACAACCGCAAGUUUAGUUCCGAAAUAACCCCCUUCCAGUAUAAAACAUAACCAGCGACAUCUAUCGGAUAUUGUUUAGUGUAACUUUUACCGCUCCGUGGCAGUAGUGAGUAUAGACACCAAACAUAAGUUUAAAUAUAAACGAACUGAUAA